AUGGACAUAGCCAUGGGACACUUGAAUCCAGAAGAGAUUUUUGCUGUUCAGGCCCUUGCGGCUAUGUGGCGUUUGGGAGCAGGCAGAAGAGAUAGCGCCAAUGGUUCUUCUGGUAACGAGGAUAGUCAUUCAGAAGAGGAGAAGCAAAAUGAUGAAUAUAGUGGCGGAUCAACAUCGUCAGAUGACAUUCAACCCGAUAAUGCCGAAGUAGCUCGGAAUCGUGAACCCGACACAGUCGACAACUGUUAUCCGAUCGAAGUUGUACAUGGUCAACAAGAACAGGAAGAAGUGGUCGAACAAGACGAACAGGACGAACACGAACAGGAACAGGACGAACCUGAAACUUCCGACGAUGGAAACUGUGUUUUACGCAAAUUUAACGAAGAAACGGUCCCUAUCGGAGAGGGCAACGCUAAGGUGCCCUUGCGCAUACUUAAGGGGGCGGACUAUACUAUGUACACCAAAGUGACCAGAAAACUCUUACAAGCGGUUUUUACGAGGAAGACACUAGCUACACACAGCCUCACUGGCAAGCCAUCCCCUGCCUUUCUCAACCGCCCACCGAAAAAAUUGCUCGAUCCUCUUAUUGUGGACGAUAUUGUAAGAUAUGUCUGCCGUCGGUGUAAUGUUGCCCCGAAUUUAGUCAGGACGGCAAUCACCCGCAAAUGCACGGAUGAAGCGAAGUUAUAUCAGAAGCGUCGAAGGUUACGGCGAUUAGCGAGACAGAGAAGAAAUAUUGAAAACAUCCCACCUCCUCAGCCGUGA